AUGUCCACUAAGAAAGAAAGAGAAGUUAUUCUCAACUCACUUGAGGAUGAAUAUAGGCAUGAUCUUUCAAUUCAUUUAUACUCAACAUUCCUAUUCCACCAGAUAAACCCGCUUUUUCCUAGACGUAACUGGGCAAGUUGGCCACUACCAUUUGAAAGAGUUCCCGAUCCACAAUCAAGCAAAACCUUCGUGGAUUCGGAGAUUUGCAUAGAUCAAUUUGAUGAUAUCGAUCAUGAGACAAAUGUGAACCGAGAAAUAAAUUUAGAUAUUACAAAACAAGAAUUGACAGAUGAUGAAGACGAAUCAGAAGACAACGGAGAUUAUGAGGAAAUAACCACGAAAGAUGAAGUAAUACCCGAAAAUAAACACCAACGGUAUAUGAGGAUACGGUCGGUUGCAACCAGAGAAACUUUAUCAAACAGUAAGGUUGAUAUUAUGAUAGAGUUACAUGCAUUGUUAGAAAAGAAAAUACAUGAUAAACUCAAGGCUGUUGCAGAUAAAAAGCAUCUAACUAUGAGUCCAGAUAUUUCAUCCAAAAUGACUAAUGAAGUGUGCAAAAAAUUAGCCAAUAAAGUGGACCACCUUGUUAAUAACAUUAUAAAAUUUCAGAAACAAGGGCAAACACGGUUGUCCUCCAGCCGUCCAUAUCCACGUUUGUUGAAUUGGCAGGAUAUUUUAUUAGCAGGUCUUGAUGUUGACGAAUCUCAUAAUAAAAUAUUGAAGAAUACCAAUCAUACUAAGCUUUACCAAAAAUGUGAAAGAUUAUUUAACAAGCCAAAAUACACAUACGAAUAUGAUGAUGAAGAGGAUGAUAAUCAUGAAGAUGAAGAUAAUAUACCUGAUACAUAUAUUAUUAACCCAGGACCAGAUGAACAAACACCUAGGACAGAUAUAAGACUGAAGCCACAAUUUGACUUCUUAGAGUACUUAUCAAGAGUAGAAGAAACACAUUCUGGACUAAUAAAUUAUCAGAAUUUUAAAGAGCGGGUGCUCAAAAAUAGAACCCAAGAAGAGAAGCUAAAGGAAAUAAAGAAAGAAGUCUUUAUGGGAAAAUUACGUCUUCAAUCCAAAUAUAGCAAUAUAGAUUGGAACGAAGGGAAGAAACGACCAAAUUUUCAAGACCGAAGGGCUCCUAAGAAGUUCAGAAUACAGAAUGAAGAUAAGGACUCCCAAAAAGAAGAUGCAUUGGCCCAUGGUGGAAUUCAGUUAACAACUGAUGAUUUUACUGUAAAUAUAUAA